CGAAAGCUCCAUGCAGUUCAGCACCAGACCGCCUAGUGCUGAGCAGCCGGGCUUCAUGGGGACAUGGCAGCAGCAGAGCACUGACAGCAACCUCCUCUACAGAAUGUCCCAGCAGGCCAUUCGCUGCACACUGGUGAACUGCACAUGUGAGUGUUUCCAGCCUGGCAAGAUUCACCUACGAACAUGUGACCAGUGCAAACACGGAUGGGUAGCUCACGCUCUGGACAAGCUCAGCACCCAGCACCUCUACCACCCAACCCAGGUGGAGAUCGUUCAGUCCAAUGUGGUGUUUGACAUCAGCAGCCUGAUGCUGUAUGGCACCCAGGCCGUACCUGUCAGGCUCAAGAUCCUUCUUGACCGCCUGUUCUCCGUGCUCAAGCAGGAGGAGGUGCUGCACAUCCUGCAUGGCCUGGGCUGGACCCUUCGAGACUACGUCAGGGGCUACAUACUGCAGGAUGCUGCAGGCAAGGUGCUGGACCGCUGGACCAUCAUGUCCCGAGAAGAGGAGAUCAUCACCCUGCAGCAGUUCCUGCGCUUUGGUGAGACCAAGUCCAUUGUGGAGCUGAUGGCCAUUCAGGAGAAGGAAGGUCAGGCAGUUACAGUUCCCUCCUCCAAGACAGACUCCGGGAUUAGGACAUUCAUAGAAAGCAACAACAGGACCCGCAGCCCAGGGCUCCUACCACAUCUGGAAAACAGUAGCCCAUCCAGCAUUCACCAUUUUGAAAAUAUCCCCAAUAGCCUUGCCUUUCUUCUACCCUUCCAGUACAUCAACCCAGUCUCUGCCCCAAUGCUCGGCUUGCCCCCCAAUGGCCUGCCUAUGGAGCAAUCUGCUCUCCGGCUGCGGGAGCCAAGCCUGCCCAACCAAGUUGAACAGGUGGAGACCAGUGAAUCAGAAGUGUCCCUGUCACCCUUCCGCACAGGCCAGAGCCCUAGCCGUGGAGCUCUAGGAGUCAUGAACAACAUUGAACCCAAGACAGAGCCCAACAACAGGGCAUCCCCCAUUUCGCCAUCUCCUUCCACCCACCACCCCUCUUUUGCUUCCAAGAUGCAUCGCAUGCGUCGCAUGGGAUCCACCUCACGCAAGGGCCGUGUGUGCUGCAACUCUUGUGGCAAAACCUUUUAUGACAAAGGCACACUUAAGAUACAUUAUAAUGCUGUACACUUGAAGAUUAAACACCGUUGCACCAUUGAAGGCUGCAACAUGGUCUUUAGCUCACUACGCAGCCGCAACCGCCACAGUGCCAAUCCCAAUCCAAGGUUGCACAUGCCCAUGCUGCGCAAUAACCGUGACAAGGACCUCAUCCGUGCCACUUCAACCACCGGUACACCUGUCAUCUCCAGCACCAAGAAUGGUGGCUUCACACUCACCAGCCCUGGAAGGCCACCGCUGGGCUUCACAACCCCACCGAUAGACCCUAUGCUCCAGUCACCUCUGCAAAGCCCACUGGUGUUCCCCUCCCUGAAGUCAGUGCAGCCAGUCCAACCAGUGCCCCCAUUUUACCGUACACUACUGUCCCCUGCAGACCUUGUUAGUCCUCCAGUGUCUCUGCCCACCAGUCCGAUUCUGCCAACUACCACCAACAGUACCACCCUGAUGGACCAGCAACAGCAGAUGUUGGCUGCUGCAGCUGUUGCUUCACACAAUAAUGUUCACAUUGACCCCACGCCCAAAAAGAAGCCUCGUAAAUCUAGCAUGCCAGUGAAGAUUGAGAAGGAAGUGAUUGAUGUGGCAGAUGAAUACGAGGACAAAGAUGAGGAAAAUGAUGAUGACAUCCACCAUAAUCACCACCAUCAUUCCCAGGAUGAGAUGAGUCCUGGCAUAGCUCUUAGAGGCAUGAUGAGACAAAGUGAAGAUGAAUGCCGGGAGGGGACUGGAAGUGACAGCAGGGGUGGAAAUGAUCUUCAAGGCUCAAGUGAGCUACGUUGCAUGGACAGCUUCACCUCUGAGGAUCAGGACCACGAGAGAGACUUUGAGAAUGAGUCUGAAACCUCUGAUUCCAAGAUGGGUGGAAGGGGUCUGGACAAGGAACAGGACGAUGAGGGUGGUGAGGAAGGCCAUUUGAGAAAGGAAAUGGAUGGAAAGGGCCAUUCUUCACCCUCCCCUCAUCAGCCUCCUAUCAAGAUCAAGGAAGAACUCAACGAUCCUACUUAUGACAUGUUUUGCAUGAGCCAGUAUGGUCUCUACAAUGGAGGCAUGGCAGCGGCAGCUGCUGCUGCUGCAAGCAUGGCUGCUCUGCAUGAGAGCUUCAUCUCUUCGAUGGGCUAUGGGGCCAGCCCACCCAAAUUCCCUUCUUCUCAAUCACCAGAGGGAGACCCACGCUCAAGUCCGGAUCCCAAGAUCUGCUAUGUGUGUAAGAAGAGCUUCAAGAGCUCCUAUAGCAUGAAACUGCACUACAAGAAUGUGCAUCUCAAAGAGAUGCAUGUGUGCACUGUGGCUGGCUGCAAUGCGGCUUUCCCCUCCCGGCGGAGCCGAGACAGGCACAGCUCCAACAUUAACCUGCACCGCAAACUGCUGACCAAAGAGCUGGACGACAUUGUCCUGGACCCCCAACUAACGCCACUGCCCAAGGACCUGCGAGCCGAGAUACUGGCCAAGAUCUACGCUGGGCACCACAUGGGCUUGGACCCUAUGACCGGGAUGGGCAUCGGAGGCGCCAGCUUCGGGCCCACCGGCCUAAACCAUGAUGCCCGUUCCCCCAUGAGCAAUGAGUAUCCCCAUCACCCUCUCAACCACCACCUUAAAAACCACCACACCAACGGCUUCUCCCAGGGCCAGCCAGACGACUACAUGGUGUUGGACCUGAGCACUACAUCUAGUGUUCAAUCCAGCAGCAGUGUCCACUCCUCACAUGAGUCAGAUGAGGGCAGUGAUGAAGGCAUCCUAUUGGAUGACCUGGAGGGUGCCGCGGGCCGGGGUGAAGGGAGGCAUCAGGAUGAGACUGGAGAAAUAAGAGGAGGAGGACAAGGUGAUGAAUUGGAACCUUCCUCCUCGCCAUUCCUCCUUUCGUCCACUGGGGGCAGUAACAGUGGCAGUGGGAUCCUCUGCAACAUCUGCCAUAAAAUGUACAGCAACAAAGGGACCUUGCGUGUGCACUACAAGACUGUGCACCUGCGCGAGAUGCACAAGUGCAAAAUCCCUGGUUGCAACAUGGUGUUCAGCUCUGUGCGCAGCCGUAACCGACACUCUCAGAACCCCAACCUUCAUAAAAACAUACCCUUCUCUACAAUAAUAGACUAAAUAAUGACUUGAUAUUCUAUCCUCCUGUCAGUAUGCCCGCUCCUCCCUUCAUCCCUCAUCUUAAUUCCUCCUCAAAUUAGCUUUUAACCCCAGCCCAGAGCCAUCAAAUACAAGCUAAAUGCCUGUAUGCCUCCUGCCCAUCCUCUGACAUUUCUAUGUCCCUCUAUAAAAUUAAUUGACUCUAAAUACAGUUUAUUAUUGUGACCUUUGACUUUUCCUUCUUUGGAGGAACAGGAUGACACUCUUGAGCAUGGAGUUUGCUUUAUAACAAAACUCCAGUUUCAUAAGCCCCUCCAUCUUUCCUU